AUGAAGGAGGCCAUGCUCACUGGUGUCCGGGAUGGUGGUGAGCCAAUGGGAAGGGAGACCACCGUUACCCUUUCAAACUCUGCCGGUCUGGGCGCCAUGGGUCCAGGUCUGGCCACCAGAUGCUCACCUUCAAGGCCCACCUCCAGGGCUGGCUCCGAUUUGGGGACACAGAUCAAGCAUAGCGGUCAUAAUCAUAACCAUCUCAUCUGGUUUCUAUACAGGAAGCUGCACUGUACAAGGAAUUUCAUCCACAUGAACCUAUUUGUGUCAUUCAUCUUGAGAGCUAUUUCUGUCUUCAUCAAAUAUAGUGUGUUGCAUUCCAAGGAGGACAGUGAGCUUUGCUUUAUUCACACUUUGGAGUGUCGGGCAGUGAUGGUUUUCUUCCAUUACUGCGUUCUCUCUAACUAUUUCUGGCUGUUCAUCGAGGGUCUUUAUGUCUUCACUUUACUGGUGGAGACAUUCUUCCCCGAGAAGAGAUACUUCUUUGGGUGCAUCAUUAUUGGCUGGGGAACCCCUACCUUGUGUGUAACCGCCUGGGUGGUGCUGAGGCUGCAUUUUGAUGAUAUUGGCUGUUGGGACUUGAAUGACAAUGCUGUUAUCUGGUGGUUUAUAAAGGGACCCGUGUUGGCUUCAAUUAUGAGGAAUUUUAUACUUUUUAUUGCCAUCAUCCUCAUCCUCAUACAGAAGUUGCAUUCCCCAGAUAUUGGAGGAAAGGAAUCCAGUAUUUACUUGAGACUAGCACGCUCCACUCUGCUGCUAAUUCCUCUUUUUGGGAUCCAUUAUGCUGUGUUUGCCUUCUCUCCUGAGAAUGUCAGCAAGAGAGAGCGUCUAAUAUUUGAGCUCGGCCAGGGAUCCUUCCAGCACUGUGCAGUGCCACCCCACCACCACCCGUCCGGGGAAACCAUAGAAUGA